AUGGCCAUCCACAUUGAAGCGGCUCGAUUUCCCGACGAUGCUGGCGCAAUUCUCGCCCUGUUCUCCGGCUAUGCUGCAUCGCUAGGCAUCGACCUCACCUUCCAGCAAUUUCAGGAUGAGCUUGACUCGCUACCCGGGAAGUAUGCCGAAUCUCAAGGAGGUGCGCUCUUGAUUGCACGUGCGGAAAAACAACCAGAUCGCAAUCCACCAUAUCAAAGGUCAUCAGACUCACUGGGAUCGCACCCCUCGCUCGCAGUCGGAUGCGUUGCUCUCCGCCAAAGCUCCGACAACUGGUGCGAGAUGAAACGGCUAUACGUCCUCCAGGAGGCCCGCGGCGUAAGACUUGGUGAACGGCUUGUAGAGGCCAUCCUUGACCGCGCAAAAGCUUUGGGAUAUCGUGGCGUUCGACUCGAUACGCUACCAGAAAUGAUCGCAGCACAGCGGUUAUAUCGAAAGUAUGGCUUUGUGGAGAUUAGCUCCUACUACGACACCCCGAUUAAAGGGACAAUUUUCAUGGGAUGCGAUUUCGCUCGGACAUGA